AUGGCGAUCUCGCGCUCAGCAAGACAGGCUGCUAUAGAGCAAAGAGCGGAGAUAGUCCUGGACUGUGCGCAAAGAUUGUUUCAAGCUGUCACUGAAAGAUCAGCACUGUCGCCUCGCCUUGUUGAUGAGGUUUCUGAGCACGUACAACAAUCGCUACCACUGGCCCCAAGUACUACACUUGCCCUCAAAAUACCAGCGUUUGACGAUCUUGGUACUCAGUUGUGGAAUCUGUCAAUCGGUUCCCUUUACGAUGACCAGUCACCUGGUACUGAAGCGCCAGUGGCUCGCCCAGUAUAUCUUCCUGCCUUAGUCCGCCUAUUUGCAUUACAACUAAUCGAAACCUCGUCGCGGCUACAGCGGCCGUCUGGAGCAAAUCACAGCAUCAGGGUCUUGCGAACCGCGUUGAAAACAGCACAAAUUUGCCUCGACCGCGGUUGCUUCGAUCUCGCUUUGAAGGCUCUAGAAGUAUCAUCUGAACAAGUUGAGGACGUCCUGCAGACAGAGCCGUUGAUACAAAUCAGUAAUGAAAAUGGGAACUUGAUCGAGCAAAAAAAGCUUCGUGCUGCCUUGGUCAUGCAAUAUUUUCUACUCCGCGUUUUCCAUGCCUUCAUGAUAGAUCGUCUCGAUCUUGCGGACCAUUUCUUCGGGAAAAUUGAGUUGAAUGGGCAACAAGUCUCUUUGCGCCUUCGUGAACAAGCAGCUGACCUCUUCUACGAGGUUGCAAGAUCUCUGGCUGUACACCAAAAGCCGGAUAUCGCGUUGAUAUGGUUUGAACGUGCUUUGACGACCUUGGCGGCCUUGCAGCCAGAAGAUACGAGCGUAGAGAUCGCGGAGCUGAGCAUAAGCGUGAUGAUAUCAUAUGCGGAGGUCUUGAUCGACCUCAACACUGACGAGAAUCGCAAAAGAUGCCAAGAGAUCCUUCACCAGCUAGAUCUCAGAUAUACAUCUGGGGGAAGGAUGGCGAUAGAUGUGACCAGGUUGAAGUUGUUGAUCACUGAGAGUCUUUGCGAUCAUGAUGCAAUCCAUGAAACUCUGGUCCGAAUCUGCAAGCUUCCAGCAAUGACUGAGAGAAACUUUAGAUUGAUCAUGCAGAGUAUGCGUAAGGCGAGCCAGAUCGCUCCUGCGCAGACAUUGUCAGCAUUGAAAGUCCUUGUCAGCCACAGACUUCUACCUGACAUGCAAGCGGAUGCAAACACACAACCACUAUUGCAAGCUUGGCUUGAGAAGACGACGGUCGCUUUCAUUCUCUUUGCAACCUCUGUAUCUGCCGAGGUCUCAGCAGUACACGACGCUGACAUCCAGAAUUUGCUUGACACAAUACAAGAGCACAAUAACGUUCCAUUCUCUGCGCCUGCCACACAUGCAUCGCAGGCUCUAAUCUGGAAAGCCAUUGAGAUGUGUGACGAUAAAUCAAUUUCGUCAUUACAGAAGACGCUGCGUCAUCCCCUGUUUGACAAUGCAGGCCAUCUCAACAAAGGUCGCAUCGGCAGACGAACUAUGGCUCACGCGCUUGACCAUGGCGACGUCCACCUGGCUCGACAGGUAUUCUUUCAGCUACCCGUAACUGUACGCAACGAGGCAUCAACUCGUUAUCUCGCGUUCAAGGCUGCUCUGAUGGGCAAUGAUCAGGGCUUAGCCGAGGAGAGUAUCGAGAUGAUCUCACAGUACGCUGGCAAAGAUCCCACCUACCUGUAUGCUUGUGUUCUCGAUGCACAACAAUCGGACAUGCGGCCGAUAGCCAUUGUUGCCUUGCAAGCCAUUCUCGAUAAGAAGCCAUCAGGGACCCAUUUGUCUUCGAUUCUGCGAUGCACUGCACGUCUCUUGAUCGCUGAAAUGGAAGCAACUCAGCACGGGAUUGCAGAUGUGAGUCACGCAAUUCUGGAAAUAUUUGAAUCCGCCAGCCGAAGCAAGGAAUUCAUCCGACAAGCGACUCCAACCCACUGGCUAGAUGAGAUGCAAUGGUGGAGUAAAAAUGCCUACAAUAUGGCAUUACAAGCCUGUGCCGACGUUGAUCCAGGCACACUGAUUCGACUUCUGGCGGUGUGCCGAAGCUUCUUAGAUCACUGCUCUGACAGCACGAAUGUCGAGCAAACAGAUGACAUUUCACUUCGAAAAAUGACUUGCUCUUUUCUCUCCGCCACCGCUUUCAUGGUCCUUGGCCGUGCGGGGGUCGAUGGAAGCGGUCGAGAAAGCUAUGGUCGUGUCCGAAGUCACAUAAGUGCGUUCAUUUUACUUUACCCGAGCAGAUCACAAGGCGUUCGGAGAGAUGGACCAAAUGGGCUACAGCAGAGAGCAUUCCAGCUACUCAAGUUCGACGUGGAAUGUAUUCUCAAGCUUGGGCAAUGGAGCGAAAUGCGGAAAGCUCUCGAAUCGUGCUUGAACUUCGAAGAGGCUACACGAUGGGAUUCACUUGUCGACCUCCUGAUAAUCGCCAAGGAUGAAAUCGGUAAAUUCGUACCGGCGUCCGAUAGUGUGAUCCUGGACCUGCUGCAGAGAGCCAUCAACGCAACGUGGAAGGAGGACAAAGACAUUGCCAAACUUGCUCGCUGGGUACGCAUUGCCUUCACCCUGAGCCUGGAUGACGAGCGGAUCCCAUUUGGUCUCCUUCUUGCUCGGCAAGCCGCCGGGAUGGCGGAAGGAGGCCAAAAAGAAAGGCAUGAUCGUUAUCCACCAGCUGAGCUUCACUGGCUUGCGUCGACAUGCUUCAAUCGUGCAGUAGACUUUCUAGGCCGCUGUCAACAUGACGACGCCAGAUCGUGGAUGGACGCUGCUCUAGAAAUUGCGAGAUGGGCGGCGGACAAUGGUUCCCUACAUGCACUCUUGACAGCAAGACGAAACAUUGCGCAGCAGAGGAUGGAUCAGCGUCAACCAUGA